AUGGAGCACCUACCUUUCCACGUCGAUAAUGCCACAAUAUUCGGUCUGAUCGUUGCGUUCGGAGUUCAAGGCGUGGCCCAGAUCCUCAACGUGACUUUUCUACCGAAGUCAACGCCUUUGAAGUACAAGGUUCUAUUCUUCUGGCAUGCCUACGACUUCCUGACUCAUUUCAUCCUCGAGGGUAGCUUCUUGUAUCAUUGCUUCUUCAGCUACACCGAGCUUGGAACCUUGAAGGACCUCACGACGUGGAAGCGCUCUCCAGACGAUCUGCCUCAGCUAUGGAACAAUCCCAACCGCCGGUAUGGCUCUGCCUUCUCGACGCACUUCUCGGCGCUACCCUGGAUCGAGUACGGCAAGGCGGACGUGAGAUGGCGCUACGCAGAUCUCAACGUGGUCAGCUUGGAGCUCCUGACCGUUUGCCUGGCCGGACCAGCUGCGACCUACAUUUGCUAUCAGAUCUACAAGGCUAUGACGGCAAAGCAGGCAACAGUCCAGAGGCAGCAUAUGGCACGACUCUGGUUCACGGCUGUCAUACUUGCCACUGGAGAGCUCUAUGGUGGUUUCAUGACAUUCUGUCCAGAGUGGUUGUCCGGUAACGCUAUGCUCAAUACUGCGGACCCGAUCUACCUCUGGCUCUACCUUACCUAUUUCAAUAUGCUGUGGGUUGUGUUCCCAUUCUGGGUAAGUCACCUCUCCCUCACCAAAUUGCCAUGCGACUGA